CACCGCUCAACCGCCGCCCCCUUCUUCUUCUUCUUCCUCCCCAAGCUCGCUCCCCUCCACCUCCUCCUCCCACUCCACGUCUACAAAUGCGGUUGCUUUCCAGGUCCCGUCUCCCGCGGACCGCUCCAUUAGCUGUAGCCGCAGUCGAUUUCUAGGUCAUUCUACUGUACUUCUUGUCAAGCAAAACCAAUUCGUCGACAUCACUUAGGAUUUAGAAAAGGGGAAAAGCGGGAGAAGAGAUGGAGAAGACAGCAGGAAUGGAAGACACCCAGUCCCCAGACACCGAAUCGUUUGAGUACAUGCUGCUGGAGAAGGAUCCAGACCACUACCGGACGGUCUUCUCUGGCCCGAGCCAGAUUAGCCCGUGGAUCGACCCGAGCGUGCUGAACCUGAAGCACCGGAUAGGUAGAGGCCCCUUCGGGGAUGUCUGGAUAGCAACGCACCACCAGAGGACCGAAGAUUACGACCGGUACCACGAGGUCGCCGUGAAGAUGCUGCACCCGGUCAAGGAUGACCAGCUGCAGCUGUUCUCUGCCAGGUUCGAUGAGAUCUUUGGCAAAUGCCAGGGUCUAGGCGAUGUUUGCUUCCUGCACGGCGUCUCGACACAGAAUGGAAGGAUUUGUAUAGCGAUGAAGUUUUACGAAGGAUCCAUUGGGGAUAAGAUGGCCCGGCUUAAAGGUGGAAGGCUCCAUCUGUCAGAUGUUUUAAGAUAUGGGGCUGAUCUGGCACGUGGUGUGCUGGACCUACACUCCAGGGGAAUAUUUGUUCUAAAUCUCAAGCCUUGUAAUUUUCUCCUUGAUGAGCAUGACCAUGCAGUGCUGGGGGAUUUUGGGAUUCCAUCCUUGCUGUUUGGACUCUCACUGCCUAAUGCCGACCUUAUCCAAAGACUUGGUACUCCAAAUUACAUGGCCCCAGAACAGUGGCAACCAAACAUUAGAGGUCCAAUUAGUUACGAGACAGACUCAUGGGGAUUCGCUUGCAGCAUCCUUGAGAUGUUCAGUGGAGUUCAGCCAUGGCGUGGCAAAUCACCAGAUGAGAUCUAUCAGUUGGUUGUCCUCAAGAAAGAAAAACCAAUAUUCCCGUACAAUAUGCCUCCUGAGAUCGAGAAUGUCCUUUCUGGCUGCUUUGAGUAUGACUUCCGAGACCGGCCCAUGAUGACAGAUAUCUUACAUGCAUUUGAAAGUGCUAAAAACGUGGAUUAUGACAACACUGACUGGGACAGUUCUGACAAUUUAAGGGCAGAAAGGUCAACUCAGCCAAGUCGCAUUAAUUGGUUACACUUUAAGGAUAAACUGCAAAUCGGUGACAAGGUCCGCUCAAGAAAGCUUAAAACAUCUUGUACUCCUGAAACAAUGCAAAUUCCUGAUGGAACGAUAGUUGGGUUGGAGGAGGAUGGAGAUCAUGAUGCUUACAUUCUUGUGCGCGUCCAUGGUUUACAUGACCCUUUGAAGGUGCGCUCUACGACAGUGGAGAGGGUAACAUAUGGUUUUGCAGCUGGAGACUGGGUGCGGCUCAGGGAGGAGGACAAGAAGCGGUCUCAGGUUGGAGUUCUUCAUAGCAUUGACCGUGAUGGCAUCGUGUAUGUUGGUCUGAUAGGAAUGGACACCCUCUGGAAGGGGGAAUAUUCGGACCUCCAGAUGGCUGAAGCCUACUGUGUUGGGCAGUUUGUGAGGCUGAGAACCAACAUCUCAAGCCCCCGGUUCGAAUGGCAGAGGAAGAGGGGCGGAGGGUCUGCUACGGGUCGGAUCUCGCAGAUACUCUCGAAUGGGUGUCUGGUUGUGAAGUUCCCUGGUAAAUUCAGCCUUGGUGAGGUAUGCAGUUGCUUGGCAGAUCCUUCUGAGGUGGAGGCAGUGAGCUUUGACAAGUGUGACGGGGUUGUAAAGAAGUAUGAGCACCUCGAGGACUUCCAUUGGGCGGUGAGACCUCUGUUCAUCGCUAUGGGUUUCUUCACUGCUAUGAAGCUAGGUAUCUUCAUUGGGAAGGGCGUCACCAGGCCAAGGAGUCGCAAGGUUGCCAGCGUCUCCGAGCAGGGUGGCGAUCAUCAUAAGUCUCAGCAACAAGAAGUGCAGAAUAGUGCGAGCGCAACGUGGCUACCUCCACCCGUCGUAAACAUGCUGUUCGGAGAAGGUUAUGCGCCUUCAGGGUAAAAUCGCAAAAUCUGUCUAGCUGAAGAUUUCUUGAAGUAUCUGCAUCAACGCUUGAAACAAUUCAUAAUGUGUAUAUUUAGGGCUGAAACUUUUUAGUUUUAUCGAAACUCCUGUAAAUAUGUGUCUACCUCUGCAACCUUGCAUGCCUGAGCCUGACCAUGUAUCUGCUUCCA